AUGGGAACAACUUCAGAAUACCCGGCACUCGUUGGAACACUUAAAAGAACGAGGUAAAAACACGAUACUGUCUUUUAUUAUUCAGCGAGAUGCAAAUACAUUUAAGUGGCCGGUAUGUGUCUAUACCAUAUGCUUUCUCACCUGCCAGAAUAACUCCACAUUACCCUUAACAUAUUCUGCAUCAAAGGUAAAGCAUUCAUAUCUCUAGUUGCAUGGUCACCUUCAUGAUUAAUCAGCCUUGCCUGAAUCACAUUUUGUCUGAAUUUUGACAUCAUGUCUUCCCUCGUUGAGAGAUCUAAAUGAGAACUUUGCAAGCAAGUUGAAAUGUCCCCCAUUUCUAAGGUCUUUGUGAGGUAAAGUGUUUGAUUUUCCGGCUCCAAAGUACGACUUUGAGGAUGAUAAACAUAAGGCUUGGUAUUUGCGGAAACACAAUAAUCCUUCUUGCCGAGAAAAUAUGGUAAAAGACGAGUUAGUUUUGCACGCAUUCGAACGGCAGCCAUCUUGAAUUGUUCCAGAUGGGAGACUGGGUCCGCGUUCCCAGUCUCCUUGUUCUUUCUGGGUUUUGUUGUCUUGGAAACAAGCAAUAUUUCUUCUCAUCCACAACUGAUCUUCGCCAUUUUGAAUUCACUUCCCAUCAGAGUAACAGUUGUAAUCAGAGCUAGAAGAUUGAUAAAUAUGGUAAGUAUAAAAUACUAUUAACCAUCAUAAGGCUGUUUUCAUUCAUUAUGCAUCUGAGAGUCGCCUCGUCUUAUCCCCAGAAUCUUUGUGACUUUAACUUUAAUCAAAUUUGUGUGAUUUCUCCAUAGCCAAACAGCACUGUCGGGUCGGUAGAAUCUACCGGGUCAAACGCAUCUAGGAAGUCUUGGACGAGACAAUAUCACACAGUCAAUAAGACUUCCACCGUAGUAAGUUCAUGAAGACUAACUUAAAUAUUUAGUAUCGCCCGAAACGCCAAUAUAACUGUUGCUGAUGUUAGUAAGCUACGCUGAAGCACCUAGACAAAUUGAAAAUGCAGUAUUUUUUCUUCCGAAAGGUACUUCAGCGUUUUAUUGUAGUUCCUAGUUUAGAAGAAAUUUUAAACCGGUUACGUUAAGCAUACCUAUUCGGCACUUAAUCUCACAUGACGAAAACUUGUUUUCCGAGCGAUCUGUGGUUGUAGAUUGGAGAAAAAUAAGUCUUUAGAGGAACUUCUUAUAUUAUGUUUUAGCUUUCAAGAGUAAUCUUAAGUUAUCUGUUUACAGGAAAAAUUCGUCAUUUAUUUUCUAUGGCCUAAUGUCUUGACAGUUUAUGACCAUAUCCUUAUGCUUAAUUGGUUCUGCAUUUUAUCCUGCCCUCUAAUAAAAAAUUGGCAAAGAUCAUAGAGAAUUUAAAGCAUUGUUCUUCCUUAGGAUGAAUCACUCUUUGCUUCACCAAAGAAGACAAGACCUGGUGAAGAGGAUGCUUUUGCUACAGCAUUGUCUGAACGGUCAUCGCGUAGACGCACNGUUGUUAUACUAAUGUAGUAUUAAGUAAUAUGUUUAUAUUUUGUGUGUGGUGUAGUGUGGGGGUGGUUUUUUAUAUGUGGGGGUGGGGUUGUUGGGGGGGGGGGGGGGGGGGGGGUACUGCUAUCAAGACCUUGAGAACAUAAAGGGUCUCAGCUUUGAAAACAUUUUUCAGCCUGAUGGGCUUCAGUUUGGCCUGAAAAUAAAAGUGGUGGCUUAGAAAUGCCUGAGACCCCUGGAUCCAACCAUCACUGAUGACUCUAGGGACUCUUUCAUUUCCUGAACUUCGAUAUGGUUCUUAGGAAUUCAACUCCAGGACAUAUGAUAUAGUGAGUUGGAACAAUGCAAUAAAGAUAAAAAAAAACCAAAUUCAUUAUUUAAGCAGUAUUUUUGCCACCGUUGCCAUCGUCGAAUCUUAAUCAUGAUGCACUACUUUGAUUUGAGGAUUUGAGAUCUACUUCCCUUGUCACUCGAGAGCUGACAGCUUCAGUUGUAAGAUUUUUAGCCUUUUUGUAGCCGCACCCUCCCCCUCCCUAAGAGCAACACCAACACCAGUGGCUAUAUGUUUGCUUGAAGAUUUUGUGGUAAUAAUCGUAGUGCUCUUCUUAAAAUUAACUAUGGACUGGUCCAUACUUUCAGGAAAAGGAUCACCAGCAAAAAAGUCUGAUGACCCAGAGACAAUUCAAGUUAUAACCAAGGAUUUAAUCAGAAGAUUAAGGUAAACUUCUGUUUUACAUUUAAAACUCUUAGCCUGGGACCAGGCUCCACAGUGGGGGAAAAAGGCAAAACACAGGGUCAGAUAGGAAACAUAUUGGCGAGCAAAGUGAUUUUUUUUCGCUAACGCCAAUUUUUUCUCCUUUUUCUCACAAUGCUGAGCCUGGUCCCAGGCUAUAUAAUUCUUUAAUUUUGACCCUUUAAGCUCUAAUUAUUUUAUUCAAGGGCAUUUUCUCUGUACCUGUCUAUAUACAUUUCCUACACUACAAAUAGUAGUGCAUAAAAUUCUGCGACUAAUUUGUAUGUUUUUCUCCAAUCUACAACUAUUAUUUUAAUUUGUUGACAGAGUUCCUCAAGAAGAUCCUUCUGGAAGGACUAUUAUUUUAGAGGCCGGUGAAUACCAACGAAUUAAGGUGAGGUUGUUAUAAUGUAGGGCUUCUGAUAUUUUGCAAGACCGCGGCGCCGCAAAAUUCUUGUAAAACUGCGAAAUCCCACUAAAUUCGCCAGAAAUCUUGUCAAAUACAUGUCGAUACAACAUAUUUGAAACUUAUCUUGGCUAUUGGGACUGUUUAAUUGCCGUAAACUUGAAAAAUUAUCUUCAAACUUCAUCACCACAAUGAGCAAACAACAUCCCAGAACUUCAGGCAUAAAUUGUGUUGUGAAAACUGGGCAGUAGUCAUGAUGUUAAAACCUUCUCAUUGGCUCAUUUCUCAAGCAUGCUGUUGUCGAAAUAGCAAAUAAUUAUCUCUGUUAAGAAACAUUGAACAUACUUGUGAAAUCAGCGGAAAAUCAAUUGAUUUCUUACGAAAAUUGCCCUGAAAAUUCCCACUAAAUCAGCCGUUUUUUACUGAUUGUUUUUCACCAAAGGUAGCCUUGAAAAUUCUGUGAACUUUCAGCAAAAUCGGCCGAUUUUUCCGCAAAUCUGUUGUGUUAAUCAGUCUGAUCAAUAAGAGUAUUGUUUGUCAUCCUUGAACUCCUUGACAGGACUUUUUGUGGCAGUUAACUUGGCAUUUCAUCCCUCUUUCCCCCAAAAAAUUAUAUUGCCAGAGGCCUGGUCUCAAUAUCUCUAGUAAGUUUGAAGCUUUUCAUCACAUUGUCUUAGCUUUGCUAGUAGUUUUUGUAUGUGGGCCUCAACGGCAGAUUUCAGGGUGCUUUGAGGGGGUCGCAACCACCCCUUUUCCUUUGAAAUUUUAUAUUAUUUUUUAAUAGAAUUCUCAGAAAAAUGAAAAGUAUUUAUAUAGCUGGCAAGUGAGCAAGUGUCCUGGCCACACCUGAAUUUUCUGGAUCCACCCCUGGGCCUGUGAGCCUGUAUGUCAUUUCUCUCCUGUAGUUUUACAUUAGCCCUAUAAAUAGCUUUCUAAUCUUGUUAAUAAAUAAAUGAAAAUAAAGUUUUGCCUUUCACCAGUCUGCAUCACAUGUUCCCACUCAAGAAGAAAGAGACUGGGCUAGGGAAGAAAUGAAAAGGAGGAAAGAAUAUGAACAAAAUGCCUCAGAGGAAAGGAAAAAUUUUAUGCAGACCAUGGAGCUGAAAAGAAAAGAGAAUGCAAAACCUUCAGAUCUGGAGCAGGUAAAUAACUGUAUAAACUGAAAAAUGGAAAACGUUAAAUUUGUAAAUUAAAGAGCUGAAAGCAGAACUGUCCUCUGUCAAGUCUUAUGUUGAUUUUUUUCUGGCAAGAAUUGCCUCAGUCUUCAUAUGUGACCUCAAUUGAUUCCAAAGGAAAACUUUGCCGUGUAUUUUUUUGCGCCAUUUCUUACUAAUUUUUGUACAAAUUACUUAUGCAAAAAAAGCUUAGGGUCCUUUAGUUUGAAACAGAAACAAAAGAAAUCAGAAAGUUCUUUGUUUUGCAAAAUCAACUAAAAACAUCCUUAGAUUAGAUUCAACUGACAUUUAUUUUUUCAUCAACACACAAUCUAAUAUACAGUGAAACCUUGAUUUAACAAACCUCUAAUAACCAAGUCCUUGAUGUAACAAACAAUUUUCUUUACCCCAAUAAUACUAAAAUAAUUUCAUAUAUGAAAAGGAACCUUAUUCAGAUGUACAACUUUUUUUAGAUUUUUAAUGAUGUUUUAUGUUAACAAACCAAUGGUAGUUGAAGUUUUGAUGAGGGAAUUUUCAUCUGAGUUUUGAUUAUUGUAAAUGGCUAUACUUUUUAGGAAGCAAAGAAACAGAGUGGUACUUUACUGGAAAAGGCGCAAGAACAGAUGGAAGAACAGGAGGAUGAAAUUAAAAAGCUUAAUGAGGUAGCUUCAGUUGUCUUAACAGGGUUAUUAGGCUGAUUUAGCAACAGAACGGGAACGUCAGUUGACGACGGCGCGCACAAAUCAAACAACUGGCUUGACCAAUGGCAGAGUGGCAAAUUGGGCACUGGAAGUCGUGUUUAGACCUUUCCGCGCGCUUUCCCGUUGUCAACUGACAUUCCCGUCCUGUUGCUAAAUCAGCCUAAUCUUUAUCAAGCAUACUUCAAAAAAGCAAAUUAAACUGUCUAAGUGUAUUUAACAAAGCAAGUACUACUGCUUGUGGUUGGACAUUUUAGAUCGUCUUUUCUAUUGAUUUCUAUAUGGGCAUAGACUGUGGUCUUCAUGGUCAAUUUGUUUUUACCAUGAUAACUCUCUUUUGGUAACUACUGAUCACAAGACAGUGUUAAGACUCUUUACAUUUAUAAUUUAAUAACUUUCAGUGCAUUGUCUUUUUCUGUUGCAGCUCAUACUAAAUGCCAAGUGUCAUGCCAUCCGUGAUGCACAGCUUAUAGAAAAGGUUGAGAUCAAGAAAGAACAACUAGAGGAGGAAAAACGACUUGACGAGAUGAUGGAAGUGGAGAGACUUAACGCGCUGAAAGAGUAUGAGGAGAGAGAGAAAGCUGCACACUUUGAAAGACUCAAAGGAGCACAAGUGUUGCAGCAACAGAUUACUGAUAGGGAACAGUCACGAUUGCUGGAUGAAGAGAAAAAAGACCAAGAAACAAAGGUUGGUAUCAUCUAACUGGUUCCUUAAUGUACAAAUUCUCAUUUUUUUUUAAAUUUCUUGCCUUCCUCUCUUUAGCCUUUUUUUGAUUACAAAAUGUUAAUCAUUGUUGUGCAAUUUCCCCUAUUUCUCCCACUUUCCACCCUUUUUGAAUUCCCGCCUCCCAUCCUUUUCUCUUCUGCCUCCCGUACCCCUCUCUACCCCUAUAAAUUUUACCCUGGGUCAUACCCCCCUGUUCUUCCCCACUCAGAAGGUGUUAAUUUGAACCCUCACCCCACCCCAUGAAAAUUCCAGUUUAGCUACAUACUUUCCUGGGAAACUUCCAAUCUCCCCCUCCUCUAAGCCAUCAUUUUGCCCUUAGCGAGAAGUAAGUGUUAAUGUUAGCUUGGGGGAAGGGGUAGGUGGGCAGUUUCCCGGAAACCUAAAUUGAUCCGAAAUUUCUAGUAACCUGUCAUGGGGUGGGUGUGGGUAUUUUCUGGAACCACCCAACAUAGUGAUGCUAGUAUUUCAUGGGGGAAAAUGAAAAAAAAAGAAAUCAUUCUUUAUGAUCUGCUGUGGAAAUUUAAGGUUGCAUACUAGAUUUCUUUUUUUCUUUUAGGUGAUGUUACAAUACCUUGAUAAGCUGCAAAAAGAAGAUAUGGAAAAUUUGGUCAAAAAGCGAGAAAUACAAAGAGCAUUGAUGAAAGAUGUGGCCAAGGCAAACGAGGUGAGCUUUUUAAACACUUCAUAAAUUCCAAUGGUCGUGAAUAUUAUUGUUUGAUCGCCUGAAGAGAGCGCCAACAACAAAGCAUUUCAACACGCCAAUUCUUGAACAACAGGGCUUUCCAACCUCGUUCCCAGGGUCUCUCAUGGGAAGAUGAGAGACCCUGGGAACGAGGUUGAGGGCUUUCCAGUUGUGCAGUUUGAAUGCAAGAUCAUUAAGAAAUAAAUCAACGGCUUUUGUGGAGUUGGUAUGUGAUUUGAAGGCUGAGUUGUUUACGAUAUGCAAGUCCUGGCUCCAUGAUCUCUGUUCUAGUCCAAGUUUAUCAAAUCUAGGGCAGGUAGCGUCAUAAAUGAAUGUAUCAAUAACCAGUGAAGGUUGUUGGAAAAAAUGCUCACAACAAUCCCGAAAGGUAUUGUGGGUGGUUUUGAGGUCACUGUUCUCCAAAGAAAUUUGAAAGAACGGCAUGAGAGUCCAUGGACAUACGUUUGUGAGUGCUAAAGGAAAGCACCAAACGUAAGUUUGACAGCUGCAGUGUCAGGAACGGUGUACUGAUCAUAGCUCAUAUAACCCGCGGGAUUGUUGCGUGCACAUUUUCAUUGACAACCUUUCUCGAAAUAACUGUACGUGUGUUUCUUGGCUCAACUAUGUAAAUAUCAAUUUUUGCUCGUAAAUGGCUCAAAUUUUAGCCCAUUUUAUGGCGUUCUGUUGACCCGAUGGAAACCCUCGGAACGGGGUACUUUGAAGUUAAAAUGAUGGGGACGAUACGAGGAUGCUCCCCCACCGGUCUCAUAAGUGGGACCUUAAGCUGACGUCAAAAAAUGGCAACCGGAAGUAGAUAUUAUAUCUCUUUCACUGCUCUGACUUGACAAAUUCAUACAGCGGGAGUUAAAACAAAUGCAUUCAGAUUCUUUGUGUGUGACAAAAGUGUACCAUCAAGCGAGACAUCGAAUUUCCGGUUACUAUUCAUGCUGUCCCGGACGUAGUGUUCUCGUUGCUUAAGCUCACUAGUAGCCUGCGCCGCACUCUCAGAUGGUAGGCCAGCGCAAAACGAUGCGCUAACUUGAGUACCAGGCCACGUUUCUGGGAUGGGGAAAAUCUCUUCUCCCACUACCCCUAAGGAGGGCUUGAUCAACUUCAGGCUAAUGACGCGCGUGAUCUGGGGAAGAGGGCGACCACCUCAGGACUGAUAGUUUUAAUUGUUAUUUCAUCUCCUAAGCUUCUAUAUCUGCUACUGGUAGUUUAGCUGAGCCUACAAAAUGGAAGAUGAACGCUGGGUACCUUUUAGUAAUUUCUGUUAAAAAAAUUUGUUAUCUUUAAUACCCAGGAAAUCAAAUUUCUGAGAGAACGUAAAACAGAGCAGGAAAAGUUAGAGGAAAUUAAAGUCAUGGAGUUUUUGAAGCAAAAAGCGGUAUGUAAAAACUUUGAAGAUUUGAUUAUUAUCUUCAGAUUAUUUUGCAAGUAAUAACUUCACUAAAAACUUGCAGGAUAGUCACGAACGAAAUUUAACAAAAAAAUUUUUUCGUUACAGGAAAGAGAAGAAGCUUAUCAGCGUGAAGUGGAAGCUGCCAGAAUCGAGAAGGAAAAAGAAAUAGCUCGUCUUCGUGCACAACAAGAAAGAGCAAAAGAUAAGCAAGCCGAAAAGGUAAAUUGGACAAAGAAAACCGCAGCAAAAACGGCACAGAAAAAAAUUCGACAACAACAACAAUGUAUUUAUUUAAAGAAUUAUAAAGUUUAUAAUACUUUAUGAUAAAGUUUACAAUACUUUAUGUCCUGCAAAUAGCUAUAAUGCUAAUCUAGGCAGGAAAAGACUUUAACUAAAGGCGUUAUUAAAUUACAUAAGAAAAAAGAAAAGAAAAGAAAUAAAAUAACAUACAGAAAGAAACGCCUUACAUAUAAAUUCAAGUACAGCGGAUUUUGUUUUUUGAAAAAGACUAAAAUUACAACUGCAGGUAUAUACAACAUAUCAGGUUAACUGAAUUGCCAAGCAUGUCAAGUACUAUAGCUCGAGAAACUAAACCCGCGGAUCGCGGAUAGGGUUUUGUUUCCGACUUCAGCGUUACAGACGUCGACGUAUGAACAAAUACUCGGGACAGUUUCGCCAUCCUUUCCAAGUUCUUUUGACCGCCAUUGUACUUUAAUUAGAGAAACUCUCUGGGCUGCAGAAAGUUCGUUGUGCAUAAUUUUAACAACAACACUCACGAACACACGAUAUACAGGUACACUUUAAUUCAAUUUAGUUGAAUAUCUUAGUAUAAAGAGAAUACUUUCGCUGUUUCUUUCUUUCUGGUGUUAUUUUUACGAGAUCUAAUUUUCGCGAAUCGUUGGAAAAUUUGCGAGAUUUCGUGCUUCCUUCGUUGAACCCAGCCAGAGGAAGAUUUCUAAACGGAAUUAAAAAUAUAAAACAUCUUUUUGAAAAGUCUGGAAUGGAUUUGACUCUUUAGGACGCUUUAAGAGCAAAGCGAAAUCAAGAAGAGGCUGAACGAGAAUGGAGAAGAAAAGAAAAAGAAGAAGCCGAGAAAAAGUGAGCUAUUGUUCUGUUUGUUGGUUAUUUGUGUACGAUUUUCUCAUUUUCUGCCUUUCGAGUUGGGCUUGCAUCUCGGAUUUCUUGUUCCGCGCGAAAAGUUAGCCCGCGCACAAACCUCUUUUGCUUACUUCCCCACAAGCGUGACCUGUUCCAGGCUCCGAAAUAGUCGGGUCCUCUGAAUUUAGAAAGCGUGAACAUGAAAAAAAGGGAGGAAACUGAGGAGAGGAAGGGCGGCGCUUAAGAUGGUCGUAAAAGAAAUGCUUACAGGCUCUCUAUCCCUUCCUUUUUCCCGCCCCGCCAACUUUUCGCGCCUUUCACUUUUGCGACUUCUCCACUAUAUGAGAGCCUGGAACGGGCUUCCACAAGCGAGUCUGCUGACACGCUGCCAUGAUACUUUUUCACUCCUGCCAGGGGGUUUUUCAAGAACAAUGAGCAGCAAUGUUGCAAACAAAUUUAAACUGAAACGCAAGUUCUUACAAUCUUAUUUACGGCUUUGUCAAGAAACCAAAUAAGAUGUCCUCGCGGAACUGCGCGACUAUCACCUUACGCGCACGUUGCGCCGUCUCGCGUUGUCCAUAUCACGCGAUCGACAAGCCUCUCGUAGUGUAUAUGUAAAUUGGGGUUUAAACUUAUUUUUCCUUAAACGAGUUCUUAAAACCAAAGAAUUGUUUUUUUAUAUAUAUUCCUUGACUUAUUUAGCUUUUUAUGCUAAUGCAAUGUUCCCGUUUUUCGCAGGAGAGCGACCGAGGAAAUGUUGCGAAAGGCUCGCGAGGAUCAAGUUAGAAACAAAGAGCAUUUCUUAGCAGUACAGGCUGGAAGAGACCGGGCUGAAUUUGAACGAGUUUUAAUGUAAGUUGGGUUUUUAAACGGGUUACAAAAGACAAAGAAGAGUAAAGAAUGUAAUGACAGUAUACAAGAUAGGAUAAACUUUAUCCUCUUUUGCUGUAUAUUAACUUCAAUUUGCUUAACAACUUCUCCUAGAACUCUAUUCAGAAAACGAACUACGAAGAGGCCAAUAAAGAAUUAAAACGCGCCAGAACGCGAUAAGCGCGCUCGGAAGUAAGAAUAUUAAAGUAAAACGCAUUCUUUUCUGUGCGCGGAUGAUCUUCAGAGCGUGGAAAGGAAAAAAAAUUCUCUUAAAUUGGCAUAUUUGUUAGUUUUGAGUAGCCUGUGAAUAGGCCCUCUGUUUGGGGAAAGGUGGCAAUUUUCAAGGGAGGGUUUUCAGAAACCUUCUUGAUGGGGCGCACGCAUUUCCUUUUGAUAUUGACAAAAUAAUCGUUACGAAACUAUGUGGGACGGUUUGGCGAAUAUGCCAGUUGAUAAAUGUUUAAGAAGUUUUGUAGUGGGUUGAUUGAGGGUGUAUUGAUCAUUAAACAAAUUCUCCUCAUUAGCACAAUAAGAAUUGUAUGAAGAGUGGUUUGUAGAAUCUGAUUGUUAAGGGCUAAGGUUUAAUUUGCUUUUUAAGAGCGCAAGAAGAGCAGAUGUUAAAANUCAAUUUGCUUAACAACUUCUCCUAGAACUCUAUUCAGAAAACGAACUACGAAGAGGCCAAUAAAGAAUUAAAACGCGCCAGAACGCGAUAAGCGCGCUCGGAAGUAAGAAUAUUAAAGUAAAACGCAUUCUUUUCUGUGCGCGGAUGAUCUUCAGAGCGUGGAAAGGAAAAAAAAUUCUCUUAAAUUGGCAUAUUUGUUAGUUUUGAGUAGCCUGUGAAUAGGCCCUCUGUUUGGGGAAAGGUGGCAAUUUUCAAGGGAGGGUUUUCAGAAACCUUCUUGAUGGGGCGCACGCAUUUCCUUUUGAUAUUGACAAAAUAAUCGUUACGAAACUAUGUGGGACGGUUUGGCGAAUAUGCCAGUUGAUAAAUGUUUAAGAAGUUUUGUAGUGGGUUGAUUGAGGGUGUAUUGAUCAUUAAACAAAUUCUCCUCAUUAGCACAAUAAGAAUUGUAUGAAGAGUGGUUUGUAGAAUCUGAUUGUUAAGGGCUAAGGUUUAAUUUGCUUUUUAAGAGCGCAAGAAGAGCAGAUGUUAAAAGACGAAGAAGCUGAUAAAAUCCAGAGCAUCCGUCGCCAUCAGCACUCCGACGAAGUUCGUCAACAAAUACGGGAAAAAGAGAAAGACAGAAUCCACGCCAGGAAUGCUUUCUUCGAGGAAGGAAUCAAGCUGGAUCAAGAAGCAAAAGCUCGGUAAGUCUUGCGUUGCCUCGUUCCCAUGCGGCGUCUUCCCAGGCUUCCUCGGUCGAAACGCGUGGACCGCGCGGAAUAAUGAGGCCUAGGGGACUAGGCAAAGUCUUCCUAACCCUUUAGUUCCCAAGAAUGACCAACGUCCAUUUUCUCCUUGCAUUAUCAGUAGAUAAUCAAAAAGAAAAGGUUGUGAGAAUUAACAUCAUGAUAAUCAAUGGAAAAAGUCUGAAAUCUUUUAUCAAAUGUAUGACAUUGUAUGAUAUCGUAGCAAAGAAAUCGUCGGGAAGGUGACUUCUUCUCGCGCUUGACUCAUGCUCUAUCUUAGUGUGUGUUGGGCGGGGGAGGGGCCGGGGAAUGAGAGCCUCAUCAGGGAGGCUACGCCCACAAAAGGGUACCUUUUUAGGCAUCAUAUAUAUCAAAGGCAAGGGAUUUCACUUGUUGACAAAUUAUAGUAUAAAGGAUAUAAAAGGUCUGUUAAAAGGACCUAAAACUGCCCAACAGACCCAAUUUAUGGCUUUGAAAAAAUUAACAAAACCUCAUUCAUGGUUUAGUAGUUCAUUCUUACUGGGUAGGAGCUGCUCGUAAGGCGUUUCCUCAUUGGUCGCAGAAAACAAUGACACGUCAUUGUUUAUCAUUAUUUCCCAUUGUUUAGCCGUUAGGGUAUCGAACCAAUGGGCUUUUAGGGUUAGGAGAGCUGCUACAUCUGUCUUAACAUCUGUCUGGGCGUUUACAUGUACGGCAGUUAAAAGAGAUGCAGCGUUCUAACUUAGUGUGUUGAAUGGUAUCAUUUUUCAAUAAAAGAUAUACGAAAGGGGUAUGUACCUCUCCUGUCAAAAAUGGUGUUUAAAAGGGUAAGGGGUUGGACCUCGGGAUGGAACAUCCCGUAUAAAACUUCGUUGAGUAGUCCUCUGGGGGGGAAGGACUACACUAUACUUGGUUCAGUUUAUCAACUUGUUUCAUUGAUCAUCUGACAAGUGUUCAGAAAAACAUUAUAAAACAUAUGAUCAGCAUCGCAGGUUAUAUAAUUUAACAAAUCACAUUCAUUGAUAGGCUUUAAAUUCUCUUUUAGGCGACAAAAAUUAGAUGACAUUAAAAGAAGAAAACUGCAAGAACUGAGAGACGCCGGUGUCCCUGACAAGUACUGUAACGAGGUUGCGCGACGAAUCGAGGCCCCACCUCCAUCACUGUCCCGAAUGUACUGA